UAGUUUACAAUCCCCUUACCCCGUGAGGGGUACCAAGAAACGAAUUAUUGUUGGGCAGUGUAUGUAUGUAUGUAUGUACGAGUGAGUCCCAGAUACGUACCGAUCGAAACGGACACCACAAAUCAAAUUCUAUAAAUUUAUCCUAACUCUAACUAAUUCAGCAAUCUGAUUGGUGAUAUCCGUUUUGAUCUGUGCGUAUUUGGGAUGCUCCCGUAUGUACAUACAUACAUACAUAUAACCAUAAAACAAAAGAAAAUGUUAUUUGAUAUGUCAUUUUUGCUUAGGUUAAAUUAGUAGUACAGCGGUUUCAAUGUGCAUUGGUACACUAGUACAGUUUAAUCAAAUUCGCUAUUAUUAAAUAAAUAGUCAUUUAUUAGUGGAGUUAAUUCAGCGACAGCUGUCGCUGCAGUCGGUGUAGUCGUUUCACGUGACCUGUUUGAGUUGAAUCACGUGACUUUUGUAUGUCAAAUACAGUUUCACCAAGACAAAGACACUGGCUCUGUUUAUGAUUUAGUUUAGUGGCAGCCACGGAAAAGAAAGAUGCCGAUCUUCAGUGCAUGGUGCACCAGCAAAACGCGUUUGGAUGGCAAAAUUGCUGUGAUAACAGGUGCGAAUACUGGAAUAGGCAAGGAAACUGCAAGAGAUUUUACAGAAGAGGGCGCAAGAGUAAUUUUGGCUUGUCGGAAUGUAGAAAAAGCAAAGGCCGCAAUUGAGGAUAUAAAAUGUAAUCCGUUUCCAAGUUAUUUUAGUAACAGCAGAAAAAUGCAAACAGCAGACAAAAAUGGAUUAGGUGACCUCGAGGUUUAUUCACUGGAUCUCUGUAACUUUAAAAGUGUAAAGGAAUGUGCUAAAAAAUUGAUGAAAGAACCAGCCAUUCAUAUAUUAGUAAAUAAUGCCGGUAUAAUGUUUACUCCAUAUCAAAUAACUGAGGAUGGAUUCGAGAUACAGCUACAGUCAAAUUAUCUUGGACAUUUCCUCUUGACAUUGUUAUUAUUGCCAAAAAUGCAAUCAUCCACUCCUGGCUGUAGAAUAAUCAAUGUAUCAUCGCGUGCUCAUAUAUUUGGCAAAAUACACUUUAGUGACAUAAAUCUGAAAAAAUCGUGGUGGUAUAUUCGUCCUUGGAAGGCAUAUUUUCAAAGUAAACUUGCGAAUAUACUGUUUACGAAAGAACUUGCACGUCGAUUAAAAGGUAAUGGAAAUUAAAUGUUAUAGAAGAAUUAAAACUAAUUAAA